AAAAUAAAUUCGUGUUUCAGAAAAUGUAAAUUAAAAUGGUGUCGGUGGGAUAUCAGUCCCUGCCGGGAGAAGAUCCUGACUUGGAUCCUGGCAAUCAGCUGACAGAGUCAAGUAAUCAGCUGAUCGGGUCACAUGUGCAGAUUUCUAGACGAGUGUCGUCGUCUUCAGCAACCGUCCUAAACUUUAUACCGUCCUACCCAUGUACUCCUUCUAGAGGGUUUAAGCGGCCCUGUUUGAUUGCUUUUUGUGUAAUUUCAACGCUAGCUAUGCUUGGGUUUACUCAGCAUAUUGUAGAUAUCAGGAGAACACCAAUACAUCCACCCAAUCCACUAACAGAGGAAAAGAAUAUGAUCAACUUCAUGAAUAUGAUCCGGGGAGAGGAAGGUUCAAUAGACCAGGGGGAGGAGGAAGAUGAGAAGAAUCAUCUACCAAAUAGUGUGGAAAAGGUUGAGAAAGAAGCUAAAGUCCCAAACAAUACAUGCUCUACUCCCGCAACUAAGGUUGGGUUUUUGAAAACACAUAAGACUGCAUCCAGUACACUGCAAAAUAUAAUUUUUAGAUAUGGUCUAGAACAGAAUUGGAAUUUUGUUAUGUAUCCAGAGGGGAGUCAUCUAGGACCACCUUAUAAUCAGUACAAUCUGAAUAGACCCUUUAACAGUACCUGGAUGAACCAAGUGCCCUGGAAACCAUUAGUUGAUGCCCAGAUUUCUCAGGGUUACAAUGCAUUUUCUCUUCAUUCUAUGUGGAGCAAAAAGGAGGUCAAGAAAAUACUUGGAGAGGAUGCUGUGUACUUUACAAUACUUAGAAAUCCUGUUGAUGCAUUUGAAUCGUUGUACAACUAUGUACACUUUGAGAACAACUUUAAGAUGAAUUUAGAAACUUUUAUACAAUUGUAUAUCAAGAAUGAUAUUCCAGUCAGAAGAGUUCAUGGAUAUCUGGGACGAAAUCAACAAUUCUGGGACCUUGGCCGGUUUGCUAGUGAGUUGACAUCUGUAGAGGAAGUUCGGAAGAAAAUACUUGAAAUAGAAAAAGAAUUUGAUCUCGUGAUGAUAUCCGAAGAUUUUGAGUCAAGUUUGGUUCUUUUGUCUCAACAGCUGUGCUGGCCUUUAAACAAGUUCUCUAGUCUCCCACUUAACUCAAGAAAAGCUUCUGCUGUCCAAGUUCUAAGCGACAAAUCAAGGAAACUACUGAAGGACUGGUUAUGGGCUGAGGAUAUGCUGUACACAUAUUUUCGCGGUAUUCUGAUAAAACGUAAACAAGAAUAUGGAGAAGAGGAGAUAAUUAAACAGAAAGCUAAGCUAAGAUCUCUGAACAAUGAAGUGAUGAAACAGUGCGUUGAAAAUAUGUCCUCUAAAUCGGAAGAUCUGGAUCCUGGAUUUAAACCUUGGAGCAAAGAUGUUCUUGGGUUUAAGAUUAAUCAAACUAUUCCUUGGUGUAGAUAUUACGCACUUUCCGAAAUCACCUUUAUUGAUUUUCUACGUGAGCAACAGUUGAACAGAUAUGAGGAGUUUAUAUCAAAAUCAGAAUCAAAAUUCACCGACCAUGAUAAUCACCCUUGAUAAUUAUCAAUUAGAUAAGCUAGCUGUACUUGUUGCUUUUCAACUGAAUAUAUCUUCAGAAAAAGCUGUUUUGAAGACUGUAUCUUCAAAAAAAGGUGUUUUUUUCAGAAUAUAGUUAUUUUAAAAGCUCUUCCGCAGCAUACAGCUAAAGAAAAGUUGUUCCGCAAACAAAUCUCUAGAAAGAGUUGUUUUUGCAAAAUAUAGCGCUUGAAAAGGCUCUUUUUGUAGAGUAUAGCUCUUAAAAAAGCUCUUCUACAGAAAAAACAUCUAUAGAAAGCUACUCUGCAAAAUAAAACUGAAAAAAAAUUGUUCUGCAAAAUAAACCUGUAAAAAAUUUCUUCUGCAAAAUAUAGCUUUGAAAAAGCUCCUUUGCGGCAUAAAGCUGUGAAAAACUGUUUUCUUGCAGAGUGUAAAUUUAAGAGUGUGCAGAAUAUUUUGCUUAACAACUUAAUUAUUUAGAUAUAAGAAUCUUUUCAAUAUAUGCAAAUGCAUGUUUUUGUUCCUUCAAAAUCUGCAUUUUACCAAACUUUACAAAUGUGUGAUAAUUCUUACAAUAAGGAUUUCGUCUAUUUUCUCUUAAUUUUACCAUUCAUUUUUUUUCCACCUGAGAUGAUGUUUUUUCCCGAACACUGAGAUUAAUUAUAUUGUUUAUUGUGACAUAAGUACAUAAGUACAAGAAGAAAUUUUGUUUUAAAUUUUGGAUUUAGAAACUGUUUUCACAUAGUACCUGUACCAAUCUGAUCCACACAGUUCCAAUACCAACAUGAGCCACAUAGUACCAGUGCUAAUCUGAUCCACAUGGUAAUAGUACCAAUCUCAGUCACAUAUUAAGAGUACUUAUCUGAGCCACAAAGUACCAGUACCAAUCUGAUCCACAUGAAUAGUACUAUUCUGAACCUCAUAGUAACAGUACAAAUCUGAUCCACAUAGCACCAGUACCAAUCUGAUCCACAUAGCACCAGUACCAAUCUGAUCCCAUAGCACCAGUACCAAUCUGAUCCCAUAGCACCAGUAACAAUCUGAUCCACAUAGCAC